AUGGGUCAUCGCGCAAAAUUAGCAGGUAGUCUCUUCUUGACUUUAUUAGCCAUCGGGUGUAUUGCAGUAGCCUAUUCAUUCCCAUGGUAUCGAGUAGUCCUCGAGCCUACAACAGACGAUGACAUCAAUACAUAUUACUAUUGGACAAAAUACAGAUUAACAAACUCUGACAAUGAACAAAUAUCAGAAGACGAUUAUGACGACAAUAACAAGAAUGUAAAACAAGUAUUUACAGUAUCACUUUCAUUCUUGACAGCUGCAGCCUUUGCAGCUUUGGGUACUGCCAUCUUCCAGAUCAUUGGAAUCAUUAGCAAGAGUAGAUUCAUCCGUAUCUUGUCGGGUAUCGGAGGUCUUGCCAUUGCCAUCUUGGCAGCUAUCGCCUUUUUCACAUUCUUUGGAAUCACUAAAGGCUUUGACAAGGAUAACUCUUGUCUCUUGAUACCAUUCAAAGACGAUUACUGUACCAGUUUUAUGGCAUCAUCUGAAAACAUCAUGAAAUCAACCCUUACAUUCGGACCCUACAUCGGGUGGUGGGUUACGAUCGGAAGCAUAUGUUUUGGUUUAUUGUCUGGUAUAACCAGUUUCCUUGCAUAA